UACAUGUCCUCAACAGCAAUGACCAGAAAACCAAUUUCAGAUUUAGAAACAAAACGGGUCUACUGAGAACAUCAUCUCAUCCUCUGGUGGUGUGCUUCAGCAGGACCUUCAAUGAUGUGUCAAGGCUACGUCCAUUUUUUCAGUGCAGGAGCGUGGCGAUGACACGGAGGCAGAGGAUAGGACGCAAAAGUCCACCUUCCCAUAUCAACAGAUGACACCAUAGGAGUGAGGAUGGGUUGCUUAUUGUAUCCUUGUCGCUUCAUGAUUCGCCAAGUUCAAUUCCAUGUCACAGUUUGUUGGAAAUAUUGAAUAUAUUUAAUGUUUACGUUUGUUGCCCCUGUUUGUUUUUGUUUUGCCUAAAUAUAGUUGUGAGUUUGACCCCCUUUAGGUGAUAUGUACACAACUUUUGGCAAGAAUACUAUCACCUUUGUUACGUUCAGCAAGACCUGCUAGCAUGGUGACAAAUGUCAUCCAAGUAACUGCAGGUGGAAGAUUUUGAGUUUGGAGAAGCAGAUUGUUUUGUUAGUUGGUAAUACAGAUUUAAGAGGAAAUACGAAGGACGGUGGGAAGGAACUAAAGAAGGGAAAGAUGCUGUAGUUUCCCGGAAAAUCAGAGAAAUAUUUCUUCAUGAUCAGUUUUAGAGUUUCUCUCUGAGCUCCUGGGCGCUAUGCAAGUAUAGAAGGGGUCACAUGUGGCAGCCGUUGCAAAGGUCUGCACGAUGACUUGCAUAGUUCUUUCAGUGGCUUGACUGAAACAAGCCAAAAAUACUUUCACAGUAAGUUAAAGUGAUGACAAAGAAGGAGGUCCCCGGCGCAGACGUCCUUUCAGCUAUCAAAGGCUUUGAUACAGAGCCAGUUGGCUGAGUGAAAGCAGACAUAAUUAACAUAGAAAAAGCAAUUACGUCAGAAAAAAAGCAAUUCAUAACGGGUCAAUCUGAAUCACUGAUUUGGCAUUGUGGUGUUAAUCAGCUCUUCUCCUGACACCACAGACUAAUAAAUGAGCCACAAUUGACUGUCAUGUUUUAAACAUGGUGACAUAGUUGUUGUGCUACAUUGUUUCAUUCCUCAGGUGACAAAGAGACGCAGGUGUUUUCUCUUCCUUCACUCACACUGACCAGGCUCAGCUGGUCGAGCUCCAGCCUGUGGAUGUGUUGGACAAUAAUACACAAAUAACCACGCACACACACACACGCACACACACAGUCAAUGUUCUUAUGUUUUGUGGGGACCUGUCAUUGACUUUCAUGCUUCCCCUCACCCUAAACCUUAUCAUCCAAAACAAAUGGAUAACCUGAACCAGGAGUCUGAACCAAACGCCCAAUUAUAGUUUUUAUCCUCAAAUUGAGGCGUCAAUCCCAAUGUUUCAACAUAUUUUUGUUAAAGAAAAAGAAAAUGAAACUUUUUGCCCAUUUCCAAUGAGUUAUUUUGUGAUUAUUGAGAGGAGAAUGCACCAUGAGAUGACAUUAAAAAUCCAAAACAUCACAAAACAAGCAACACACUCUGACAGCUGACAGUUAACAACUGAUCAUGGACUUAUUCCUGAUUUCCGUUUCCUAAUUUUCUUCGCAUCCCGACCUCACCACUAAACAUAUCUCACUUAAUAAUAAUGUCCUCUGCCAUUUUUUUUUGGACCACUAUGUGUACGGGUGAUGUGGUAUCCGGUGGAGUCACUGUUUACCCAUAAAACCUGUUUCUACAGCAAAAAGUCGUAACCUCCUAUUAUCGUAUGCAGACAAAUCCACCUCCGCCAAAUGUAAAAACAUAACAUUACCAUCAUGUUUAUUUUUGCUGUUUGUGAAAAUGUGAAAAAAAAUUGUGUGAAUAACAACGAUGCAAACAUUUCAUUAUCACCAUAGUGCUUUCCCCAGGCUCACACCCUAAACCUCACCAUCCAAAACAAACAGCUAGACUUAACCAGGACCUAGCCUAAAUUUAAAUUCUGUUCUGUUAUUUUGAAGUUUUAAUCCACAAAGAUGAGGCUUAACCUUAACCUCGUAAAACGUUAUUAAAACGUAAACGUAAACGUAAUUAUUUGAAGAAUUUGCCUCAAAAAUUGUCCCCUUUGUACGUUUCAGUUCUCAAUGGCUUUGUGAAUGGCGUGCCUCUGGUCAUGUGACUGACAGCUUGCUCUCCUGUCUGAACACAAAACAUGGUGGAUAUCUGUUCUAUUUUUGCUCUAAAUUGUGAGAUUUUCAAACAAUGAAAUUGUUGAAUUUUGAUCACAUUUCCAGCAAAUGUACACUUUGUUUUCAUAUUAUCCGCUCGGUGUAGAGUAUUUUUGUGGUGCUUCGUUUGAUGUCUGACACCUCACAGUGGUACACGCCAGUGCUUCUUCUACUGACUGACAGAAGCAACGCGGAGUCUUCUGGAGGCUGGUGACCCAUCUGGUAAAAGGCUCCACUCUCAGGCAGGUGCUGUCGGUGCAGAUGUGUGAUGUGGUGCACGAGAUCGAGCUGGAGAAAGAGCGCUGUGAGAACAACACCGGUGGAAACCUCACCUCAGGGUGUCAAGGGAUGUGGGACAUCAUCGCCUGCUGGCCACCAGCCAAACUGGGGGAGGUGGUCAUCAUCACAUGUCCAAAUUACUUCAGUUACUUCAGUGACCAGCAGAAAGGUAACCUUUCGAAAACCUGCACAGCAGAUGGCUGGACGGAGAUGCACCCUAUCGACAUCGCAGUCAACUGUGGCUACAAUCUCAACAGCACCGAUGAUCAGGGCAAGUUCUUCUGGCAAGUAAAGAUCGGAUACACCAUCGGACACAGUGUUUCUCUGGUCUCUCUGACAACAGCCAUCGUGCUCCUCUGCGUCUUCAGGAAGCUUCACUGCACUCGUAACUACAUCCACAUUCACCUGUUUGUCUCCUUCAUCUUGAAAGCCAUUGCUGUUUUCGUCAAGGACGUGGUGCUGUACGAGGUCGGGGAAGUGGACGACUGCUCAUCCGGCUCGGUGGGCUGCAAAGCUGUGAUUGUCUUCUUCCAGUACUGUAUCAUGGCCAGCUUCUUCUGGCUGCUGGUGGAAGGCCUCUAUCUCCAUGCACUGCUCGCCGUCUCCUUCUUCUCUGAGAGGAAAUAUUUCUGGGCUUACAUCCUGAUCGGCUGGGGGGGUCCGACCAUUUUCAUCACAGCUUGGAGCGUUGCUAAAGCCUAUUAUAAUGAUGUCGGGUGCUGGGACAUCAUAGAGAACACUGAUGUGUUCUGGUGGAUCAUAAAAACACCCAUUUUGGCCUCAAUCCUGAUGAACUUCAUUCUCUUUAUCUGCAUCAUUCGAAUACUCCGUCAGAAGAUCAACUGUCCAGAUAUUGGAAGAAAUGAGUCCAACCAGUACUCGAGGCUGGCAAAAUCAACUCUGCUGCUGAUUCCUCUCUUUGGAAUCAAUUUCAUCGUGUUUGCGUUCAUCCCAGAGCAGGUGAAAACAGAGCUACGCCUGGUUUUCGAUUUGAUUCUGGGGUCAUUUCAGGGAUUUGUGGUGGCAGUUCUCUACUGUUUCCUUAAUGGAGAGGUGCAGGCAGAGGUGAAGAGGAAGUGGCGGCGGUGGCACUUGCAGAGAUACAUGAGCUCAGACACAAAAUAUCAGCAUCCGUCUAUCGGCAGCAGCAACAACUUCAGCACACAGAUCACCAUGUUGACGCGGUGCAGCCCCAAAACUCACCAUGGUUCCUCCUCAUGUCAUGAUGACGUGUCGUCCAUUUGACUCCCAGUCUGUGGCACAUGAACAUUCCCUCUUGCCAUGCGUCCUCUGGAAGUCAAAACAUGGACUCAUUUUGUUUCACGCAGUCAGAGGAGCCAACGUCAGACCACGGGAGACGAUACAUCAUUUCACUCUCCCGAAGCCCAUCAGGAUGGUAGUCAUCUUCUUAAGUGUUGCUUCUCGUGAGUGGGUGCACAUGUUCAUGUAACCUAAAGGUGGAUUUGAGGCUGACUUGUAAUUAAAUGGCCUGUGUGAUCAGACACCAACAGCGGCAAAAGCUAGCCAUUAUUUAGGCGUGGACACGUGAAUGACAGCAGCAUACGUUCGAUCCUUGCAUACGUUCUAAUUUCCAUUAGAACAACACAGAAAAUCCCCUCAUUUAUAUUCUGCUAAUGAGCCGCCGAGGCGAAAUGAAAGACAGUAUCAGUGGUUUAAGAUUUGCAUUUGGUGCGACAAGAGUCAGGCUUUUCUAAUCUUACGCCGAAAUUACGGCAUCAAUCGAUACGAUGUGUUUCACCAGAAGGACAAAUAAAUAAUAGUAAAAAAUAAGAAACUGCUCAUUACCAAGCCGUGACGUGGAGUCCCAAAUUUCCUUUCAUUUUCUUCCUCAGCGCAAUAUUGUCAAUCUUGUCUGACAAGAUCAUUGCAUCCUGUUGCUAAUAAACCAAUAAACCUCAGUGUCAAAGUGAGCAGCAACGUGAAGAAACCACGGGCCAUAUGAGGCCUUUUAACUGCAACUGUGAGCCCAGCUUGAGUUCAUAUUAAACGCGAGGUAAUUCGAUCGAUGUUUUCGGGCCUCAGUGAUUGAGCUGCAGCCCCACAACAAGAAGGAUCAGUUCCACUCAGAGGCAACUCUGGGUUUCUAGGGAACCUUAUGAGCACCAUGUGCUUGAGAGCGUUUCCUGUGGGCGCAGCCCAAAAACAUGUAAAAGUUAAUCGGUCACUGUGCAUCUGGUUGCUCUCAAGUUUCCCUGCCAAGGACUAACAACUUGUCCGGGAUGUCCUCCAUCAUCACAGCCUCAUGGUAGUAAACAUGUGCCCGAAUGAUCAGAGUCACUGCCAAACCCCCUGUUGACUGACAAAAAUAUUUUAACUCUCAUUGCAACUGCCUGUCAAAUGUAUUACCCAACUGGCAAACCAUUUUGUUUGUUAUUUAACUAAACUGACCCACUUGGUCCUCUAUGUUCAACACAGUAUUUCUUGUAUCAUUUAUUUAUUGUUUCCAUGCAGGGUAUAUAAUGAUGAGGUGAGACUGUAAUAGCUUGGAUCAAGAUGUUUCAGUGAAUCGAAAAAAGAAAAAAAAAGCCCUUUGCUGCACUGUCACUUAAGGUCGCAUCUUUUGUGACCAGCACUUUUUCAGCCUGUGUAUUUAUUGUUUUGAUCAGUUGCCAUUGGCUGCAGCCAAAAAUGUUUUUAUCAUUAUCAAACAAAUUCAAUCCUCUCGAUCUCGAUGAGUCUUGCCAGGACUGUAAUGAUCAUAUUUGGAGAACAUAAACGUUUGACCGUUUAGUGAAAUAUUGCCUAAGUGGGCAUUAGCUUAGUGCAUAGACUGAAGUCGUGUCUACAAAGGUUGUGUCAUUCCUGUUUAAUCGUGUCGUGUGGAAACUUCGUCAUUUUAUCGGACCUGACGUGUCGCGGGAGGCCAACUACAGAGUGAAGCGAAGCGACUUGACAAUGACUGCUGGCCCUGCCACAUCUAUUCCCUCGCUGUGCUUUUCAGGUGUAGUGACACGCGUGAUCAAGCUAGCAACUAUAAGUAUCUCUCUACUCGCCACUGUCACUGACAGCUGUGGGAGUUUAAAUGUGAGAAGUCUUAAAUGACAAAUUACACAAACUGACUUUUAGUUUCGCUUGUUACCUUGGCAGAACACAAACAAGAAAACAUUUAUUUGUUAUACUAAUACUAUACAACUAUGUACCACUAACAGGCCGCGAGCUCACAUUUAAUACACGCCCGCAAAGCACUUCCUGUAUUUGGUCACAAUUUCACCAUGUAAUCUCAAUAAUAACUUACUGAUUUAAAUGUUUGAUGUCGCAGAGCAUUCCUCACAUGGUGGUGAAUGUAAAAUGUGUAAGCAGUUCAAAACCAGGUGCUUUUGUACAUAUCACGCCUGUUGUUGUAAUGAUGUUUUUCCUCCUCGUGAACUGGCAGGAUAAUCCUGUGCGAAAGGAAUAAUAUUGUUUGCAGUUAUUAUGAUGGAAGCUGAAGGAGGAACUGUGUCUUAUCUAUUUAUAUUUUAGUACAUAUGGAAUAUUUAUUUGACUAAGAUGUCAGACUUACAAAUCAAUGAUAAUAUUUCCAUCACUACUGUCUGCUGUCACAGUAAAUAAUGUAUUUGUUUCUGAUAAAAUACUGCCAUCAACUAACCAGAACAGACUGCAAUAAAACUGGAAUGACAUGAAAACAGCCCUCUGAUGUUUAAACUGGAUAUUGUGUUUGUUCACGUGUACUGUGACUCUGCUGUAGGAAUGUACAGUCGUUACUUAUCUGUGAACACAUAAAUCGACGCUUCAUUUUGAUACAAGGUGCUUUGUGAUUUUUUUCAUAAAAUGCAAAUAAGAGUGGGUUAUUGUUCAGCAUGGAAAUAGACAGUGCA